UUACGUAAUUGGUUGCGCAUGCGCACAAAUCUACCAGCUGACAGUCGAUCCUCCACUGCCUCCUCAUAAUACUGUGAAUUUAAAGUAAUUUGAUUGUUUAUUAACGGGCAGAGAUUGACGGAGGUUUGCCAUCAUGCCUAUGCUCUACAAUGACGGUAAUCCACCACUCAGAAAAUACUUCAUUAUCCUACAUGGACCUAACUACUACGACGCACCGGAAGGCAAAAAUCCCUGGGAGAAACUGUGGGGAAUAAACAAAUACGCCAUUCUAACUUCAAUAUGCGCCACUGUUGGCGAUGCUUUAUUGAUAUCACAAGCGAGGAACCUCAUGGAGACGAUGAACGUCUUUGGUUUUUAUCUGCUUCCUACUGUGGGUUUGGCAAGUACCUUUGCAUCGGUCACCUACAUUGCGACGAAUCUUAGGGGGAAGGAUGACAAGCUUAAUUAUGCAAUUGGAGUGGCAGCUUGCAUGCCAGUACUUCAUGCCUUCCAAAAGAAACAAAUAUUCACAAUUCCAGCAACACUAUUUCUAUUGGCUGCAGCACUCAUAAAGAAAGAUUCUAAGCAAAACAACUGGAAAUGGUUCAACCCAGUAACUCCGGAGUAUGAGCAUUACUACGACUACUCACUCGCGGGCACUGUCACUGAGUGGCCGAGAAGGCCAUACUAAGCUAUUCUGAUAUAUUUUUGGAGAUCAGUUAGAAUUAUUGCAUCGAUAUAAAUGUAAAGUUUUUCUUCAUAAAAUCAAUUAAUGGAGAAUAUAUAAUUAAAAAUUG